CAUGCCUCACCCAUCGACGCACGGCGCGCGUUUCCUUUGGGCUUUUGCCCUCCGCCCGCUUUUAGCUUUCUUUUAUUCCGUGCAGGGGUCCUUCAUUCAUCUCCCGUCUCUUUCCCUCGCCCACCUCUUCGUUGUCUUUAUCGCACCCUUCCUUUGGCUUACCCCCUCCCCCCUCCUCCGCAUUCAAUUCAGCCGUGAAUCAUCAAAUACCUGUCACCGUGCAGACGCUGCUGCUGGGGAUAUUUGUGGUGCUACACCGUCACUCUCAGCUCACGCCUCUCCGGCCACUCGACCACCCCACACGUCCAACAGUCAGCAGCACGCGUGCACCAUCCACAUGACCAGUCGCAGCGGCAACAACGCCGCGCAGCACAGCAGCCCGGCCACCACCGAUGCCGCCACCACCGCCUCCCCCCGGCAGCCCGUCCCGGCCACCACCACACCGGUGCAGGACGCGCCGAGCGCCGUCGCCGUGGCGGGGGAGGCGGUGCCGGCCGUGGCGCUGCCCGCCUCCCACGACGAGCUGCUGAGAACCACCACGGAGGUCCUCUCGCACUUCUACCCCGCAUCGCCGCGCGCCGCGUCCGCCUUUGCGCCGGCGUGCGUCACUGCGGAUUGCAGCAGCAGCAGCAGCAGCGCCGACACGGCCGCCGCCGCGGAGGAGCUCAUCGAGGAGUGCGGCAGUCCCCUCCCCAUCGCACCCGCCCCGUGGCGCUACAUGGAGCUGCCCUUCCUCUCCACCGCCGACCAGAUGCGCACGCAGUCCGGCGGCAUCGCCUCCGACGACGCUGACGAGCACACGCCGCUCCUCAUGCUCGUGACGCUGCUCGUGCGGCUUGCGCUGCCCGUGACCGUCACGCACGUGUUGCGCCUGAGCAUGUCCUUCAUCACAACGGUGUUCAUGGGACACUAUCUUUCCACGGAGAAGUUCGCCGCAGCGGCUACGGGGCUGACCUUCACAACGUUAACCGCUAUGAGUAUUGGCGCUGGCUUCGCCUACACACUCGACACCCUUGCGACGCAGGAGCACGGCCGGCGCAAGCACAGCCCCGAGAUCGCGGCCAUCUUCCUCCGCAGCGUCGUGUGCACCUUCGCGGCGUACCUCCCCAUCGCCGUCUUCUACUUCUUCUGCGACCCCGUCCUGGCGCUGCUCAUCCAUGCCGACCUCGUGGCGGACACGGCGUACUUCCUGCGCAUGUCCGUCUUCAUCGCCGCCCCCAUGAUGCUCGUCAACAGCUUCCUGAAGUUCGCGCAGUCGCAGCGCGUCACGCAGCUCGGCGUGGUGUGCUCCGCCGCUGGUGCGCUGACGCUGCCGCCGCUGCUGUUCCUCUUCCGCAACAAUGGGCUGCCGGGCAUCAUCGCCGCGCUCAGCAUCAAUCGGUUCUUCACGCUGGCCGUGGUGGUAGUGGGUGUGCUGCGCAACGCCGGUCUGCGCCAGUGCUGGACGGGUCGCUCACUGCCGGAGCACAUCAAGGCCGUUCUUGCGAACGGCGCGGCUCUGUGGGAGUUCACGAAGGUUGGUAUUCCCGUCCUUGCGGCGAACUGCGCGGACUCGUGGUCCUUCGAGGUGCUCGGCGUGGCUGCGGCGAACCUCGGCCCGACCAGCGCAGCCGUGUGGAGCGUUGUGAUGAUGCUAUACAGCAUGCUUUUUGGCGGCUACGUUGGUCUUGCGGCGGCGGGUGCAAUUCGUAUUGGCAACUCGCUGGGUCAGGGCAAAGGUCUGCUAGCGCGACGCUACUCGUACGCCACGGCACUUGUUGCUGCGUGUUGCACUCUUGUCCUUGCGACUGUUUUGUGGUUGGGCGGCGGGGUGAUCUUCCGCUACAUGCAGAGCAACGAUGAGGUGACCCGCCGUGGGGAGUCCAUGACGGCUCUCAUGGCGGCCACGUUUCUGUUCGACUCGAUCUUUUACGCUUGCUCAGCCAGGGAGGCGGUGGCGUCCGUUGUUAUCGCCUUGUCCUCCGUCGCGGCCUCCAUCAGCAAUAUCACGGACGCAUCACUAUCGAUGUUCCGUACACGAACUUCUUUGUGGUGUCACUCACCUCAGAGUACAGAAGUCGCAGACAUCUUGUUUUACGAGGCACGGCGUUCGCUCCCUCUGGAAAGCAAAACCCCAAAACGGAGGAAGAGCAGUGCCGGUGGGAGCCCGGUUAGAAAACUGUGA